AUGUCGGAGCACAAGAGCAACCACGAAGAAGAAUUGAAUCCGGAUGGUAUUGAUGCCGAACAUGCUGUGCCCGAGCCCGUGAAGCGUCAUAGGAAGAGAAAGCGCAAUGAUGAUUCCAUGCGCGCUGAGAAAUCUUUGUUGGAAAAGCAGCGUAGAGCAUUGAUGAAAAAGGCGAAGAAAUCUGCUGGAAGUUGUGACAAAGUUGUGAAAAAGAAAGAAGAAAAGAAACUUCCCAAGCAGCUCUCUGCGUUGAAUCUGAAGGCUGCCAAGUCUCAGGCUGAUGAGAUCAAAAAGCGAAGUGCAGCAGUCCACUGCUCAUCCACUCCCAUCUUGACGGAAUCUCUCAAAUUUACUGGGAAUAGACCAUCAAUCAGUCCUGUACAAAAAGCCAGUGACACUGAGCGAGUUUUGCCAGACAAGGAAAUGGAUGGGAAUGUUCUUAGUGGGGCAAAGGUAGGAAAAGCAUCCACCACUAAAGAGAAUAAAAUUAGCCAUAUCAAAGCUCGUUCGGAAAGUACAGCAAAACCCAGCACAAAUUUCAGCAGCAGUGAUGAAGAGUUUGCAGUAGGUAAAGAGAAAGAUGAAAGUGGUGAAGAGUCAAGUGAUGAAGAAGACAAAAUUGGAAAUAUUGAAGAGAAUGAAGAUAAAAAUAAAAGUAGUGAGGAGGAAGAAGAUAUAGAUAGAAAUAAUCAAGAGAAAGAAAAUGGAAAUAAAUAUGAAGAUGAAGAUGAUGAUGCAUAUGUUCAUGGGAAAAAGCCCAAACCUUUGAAGACAGAGGAAUACUUGUCUCACCUUCGGUACAAAAAGGGGGAUGAAGAUAGUGUAGAACUGCACCCUGGUUCUGGCAUAUACGUAAAUGAUGAUGCUUUACUGGGUCUAAAGUCCAAAAGCAAAACCCACAGCAGCAUAGUGCGCAGUCUUUUAGAGAUGGUGUUCACGGAUGAUGCUGUAAUGAAAUGCUCAUUGCUGGGUGGAGUCCAGAAGGGACCUCUGGGGAAAACGACAGAGUCUCGACCAGGGCUGUAUCCCAAAGCCUUGAAAGCAAUUAUGGAUAUGGCAAAACAUUUUUGUAAAGAAAAGAAGUUAAGGCGAGAAAGUGAAACCUCUCUUCAUAGGAAGAUGGGUACCAAAAUGAGUGAAAUGAGGGCACGGAUCAGGAAGGAGAUAGAAUUCAAGAGGAUGAAAGAAGAGAGAAAAAAAGAAAAGAAAGCAAGAAAGGCCAAGAAAGACCAUGAAAAGCAGGAUUAA